CCUUUUACCUUUUCAAUUCAUUCUACCGUUAACGUUGCGCGUAUCAUCCAUCCAUCCCCCCUUUCUACCACGCAAUCUUUACACAUAAUCUUCAAUCUUUAUUAUACACUCCUUGAACAUCAUCACUCAUACUCGUGAUAUUGGUCUCUAUUUUAAAAAUAGGUUUGCGACUGCUGCUGGGCUGUGGUUAGCUUUCAAUACCAUUUUCCAAAUUCCAAAUUCCAAAUUGCGUUGCGUUGGAGUCGAUUCAUCCGGAAAACCAUUUCUUGCUUCCUUAUUUUCAACUUACUACAAGCUGAAACAUCACUUCGAAAACACCAACUUAUUCUACGAAACCUUCGAUAUUUGACUUUCUUUCUACCUUUUUCUGCAUCCUCGAUAUACGAUUCGUUCAAUUGAAUCGAGGGCCCAUAUUUGCGACGAUAAUAGCCUGCGCGACAUUAAUAAUUACUUUCAACAACAACCUCCUCUCGAUCUUUUAAACCCUUUUUAUGCCAUACGGUUCAUUAAGUUCGCCAUCUCUACACAAAAUGAACGGUCAAUCGGAUUACAAAGGACGGAGGACAGCUGGGAUGCGCGGAAUGAGUAUGGAUAAUAUUCUGGGUGAUCCAUUCGCGCUGGCUACCAUAUCUAUCGCCAUGGUAUGUAUUUUUGGAGACCUGGAUAUAUGCGCCUCAAUCUACAAGAAACAAUGGGUACUGACAAGAACGGUUUAUAGCUUGCGUGGUUUAUUGCUUUCAUUGGAUCGAUACUAGCGACUGCAUCACACUCUCCUGGUGAUGGAUUUCCAGAUUAUUCAUGGUUCACUAUUGCAUAUAUGCUGUGUUGCAUUCUAGGUAUAUUCGUUGUGAUAGCAUCGGAUACAACUCAAACCUACCAUGUUGCCAUUGUUGGAUUCUUGGCUACUGGUCUCGUCUUAACAAGUUCAUCCGUCAAUUCAUUGAUUUAUUCUUCGAAUGGAGUGAAAGAAGCAACUGCAGCUGGGCAUAUACUUCUUUCUAUGGUUGCUGUAAGGUUGAUUCUCGGAAGGUCCAGACCCCUUACUAACAUUGAAUCUAGAUUGUCUGGAUGUUCUACUUUGGAUCAACACCUUCAGCUGUACCUCGAGCAUACCUGGAUUCAUUCGCACUUCACAAAGACCAUAGAGUAUCAUCAGGAAGAGGAAUGUCUACGGCUUAUGGGAAUGGGUAUGGGAAUGGGUAUGGAAACGGUCGACCGGAUACUUCAAUCUCUUCAAACGUUCCACCACAAAUGUAUACCUCGGCUCAAUUAGGUGGUUUCGAAACAUCUUCACCAGUAGCAGGAUUUCCAGGAGGUGCCGCAGGAGCAGAACGUAAUUCAUCACAACCAAGAUUUGGAGCUAGUAACCUUGGACCAAAUGGAGGCAUAGGCUCGGAAUCUACACCAGGAGAAGUCGUACAACCUACAGAAUAUCCAUACCGAGCGAAGGCCAUAUACUCUUACGAUGCCAACCCCGAUGAUGCGAAUGAGAUCAGUUUCGCCAAACAUGAAAUAUUAGAAGUCUCAGAUGUAAGUGGGAGAUGGUGGCAAGCUAAGAAAGAAAAUGGAGACACCGGAAUAGCGCCUUCGAAUUACCUGAUUUUAUUAUAAGGAUGAAUAAAGUUAUUGGGGAUUUCAUUGUGAAAAUACCAAUAUACAUCACACACCUUUGUUGGCUGGGCUUGGAAUUGGGAAUAUAUCAAAGGUGUGGAGUGUGGGAUUAGUUCUCUCCAGAGAUAAUGGAAUAACUGGAGUGCCAUUAUAGGGUUCAAUGGAUUUGGUUUGGAGUUUAUGUAAUAAAGUCAACGUGUUACGAUUGGGAGUUUUUUCUUUUGCUUUUUUCUGACUAACUAU